AUGUUUUUGAAGAAGAAUCAAAAUCAAUCGUCCUCUGACUCAGAUAUUCAAAUGACCCUUCGUGAUAGCAACAGCGAUAAGAAUUACUACGAAAGUGAUUCCGAAUUAAAUAGUGGGUCAUCUGGGCUAAACGUAGGGAAGUUCGCUGUAGUAAAAGUUUCUGAAAAAACAAAAGACUCAUUCCGACUCUACGUAAUUCGGAUAACUGCAACAGAAGAUGAUGACUGCCAUCGAAUUUUUUACAAAAGGGCACCUAACAAAAUGCACUUUUCAGAGACAGAGGAAGAGUUUUAUGUAAAUAAAACCGACAUUGUAAGGAAACUUUCCAAGCCAUUGCAAGGUAGUUCUACAAGAUUUAAGAACUUUGUUAGUUUUUCUACAGAUUUAAGCGAUUUAAAGUUGCAUUAG